AUGAUUUCAUUUCAUCUGCGUUGAUAAAAGUUGUUUUAUCCUUUCGUCAGAUCAGAAAUUUAUCUAUUUAUUUCUACUAAUGAAUAAGUAUUUUUAUUUCAUACAAAUUAAAGCUGAGCUCUUUAUAAUUUCUUAAUAUGGAUUUAGAAAAUACUAUAAGAAAACGAAAGGAUAAAAAGAAGUCUAUUGAGGUCAAUAAAACAAUUGAAGAUGUUUUCGAUGAAAAAGAAACUUUGUUAAAGGAAGUGCGAGAGACAGGUGAUGGUGCCCCAGCAGAAGACAAGGCUGAGGCCACAGGGUUGGUGGAAACACCAAAAGAAGCACUUAAACAAAUUGAUCUGCACCUACACUUAGAGAUAGAUUUAGUAUUUAUCCUUCUAUUGGGAUUAGCAUUGGGCACACGGCUUUACAAUCUGGAUGAGCCUAGGUAUAUUGUAUUUGACGAGUUGCAUUAUGGCCGUUACGUUUCAUUAUAUACAAAAGGAGUGUUUUUCUUUGAUGCCCAUCCACCACUUGGCAAGCAGCUGCUAUAUUUAGCAGGCCGUGCCGCCGGCUACGACGGGAACUUCACAUUUGAUCGCAUUGGGUCUUCUUACACAGACAAUGUGCCUAUCAAAGCCCUAAGAUUGGUUCCCGCCGUGGCUGGUAGUUUGCUGAUAGCAGUCACAUACCAAGUCAUGCUGGAGAUGUCUUUCUAUCAAUGGACAGCCAUUUUAGCAGCAUUAUUAGUUUUAUUUGAGAAUUGUUUUCUAGCACAAUCUAGAUUUAUGCUACUAGAAAGCAUCCAAAUAUUGUUUGGCUUGUGUGGAAUUCUGUGCACUAUCAAGAGCACUCGCAGGACUGGCGCUUCUAGUGUGAUGUGGCUUUGCAUUGGUGCUGUGUUUCUCGGCUGUUGUUUCUCGGUAAAAUAUUCUGGACUGUACACAUAUUACUUGGCACUUUUUCUUGUCGGGCGUCAGAUAUGGAAACAAAUAGGAAAUGCUGAAUCUACUCUAUUAUUAGUGUUAUCUGCACUCUGGCGGCUGAUAAUUUUGACUGUGAUACCUCUAGGAGUGUAUGUGUCCGUGUUCUACGCUCACUUGGCCAUGCUGCCAAAGGCUGGUCCUCAUGAUAGCGUGAUGACGAGCGCCUUCCAGGCUUCCUUGCAAGGCGGACUGGCCAGUAUAACACGAGGACAACCGUUACAUGUAGCACAUGGCUCACAAAUUACCUUGAGACACACACACGGGCGCACCUGCUGGCUACAUUCCCACGCGCACGUGUACCCCGUGCGGUACACAGACGGGCGCGGCUCCUCCCACCAGCAACAAGUGACGUGCUACAGCUUCAAGGACGUCAACAACUGGUGGAUCGUCAAGAGGCCCGAGCAAGCGUCGCUGGCAGUGGCGCGGCCGCCCGACGCCAUCCGGCAUGGCGACGUAGUGCAAUUACUUCACGGCAUCACUAGCAGAGCGCUCAAUUCUCAUGACGUAGCCGCGCCCGUGUCGCCACAGUCGCAGGAAGUGUCUUGCUACAUCGACUACAACGUAUCGAUGCCGGCUCAGAUCCUUUGGCGCGUGGACAUCGUGAACCGCGACAGCGAGGACGCCACGUGGGACAGCAUCCGCUCGCUCGUGCGGCUCGUGCACGUGGACUCGGGCUCCGCCCUGCGCUACAGCGGCCGCCAGCUCCCGCCGUGGGGCUUCCAUCAGCACGAGGUCGUGGCCGAUAAAGUGCUGACACACCAAGAUACUGUCUGGAAUGUUGAGGAGCACCGAUACACAAAAGCUGAAGAUAGGAAGGAGCGCGAACGCGAGCUAGUCUCUGCGGAGAUGAUCCCGACGGCCGCGACGCAGCUCUCGUUCUGGGAGAAGUUUCUAGAGCUGCAACACAAGAUGGUGGCGCACGCGCCCGACGCGCCGCACGGACACAUGUUCGCCAGCGAGCCCGCCGAGUGGCCGCUCUUGGUGCGCUCCAUAGCCUACUGGCUCUCGCCUAACUCUAAUGCCCAAAUUCAUCUCAUCGGCAACUUGGUGACGUGGUACGCUGGCACGUUCUCUGUCAUCGUGUUCGGAGGUUUUCUCGCCGUGUACGCCAUCCGCCGUCGUCGCGCGUGUGAGGACUUGCCGCUCAGCGCUUCACAAAAAUUUUACGAUGCAGCUUAUGUCCUGUUCCUAGGAUACUGGCUGCAUUACCUUCCAUACUUCUUCAUGGACCGCACUCUUUUCUUACACCAUUAUCUACCUGCUUAUAUCUUUAAAAUACUUCUCUUAGCUUUUGUUAUAGAUCAUAUUUUUUACAUUAUUAAUUUGCGUGAGAAUACGCACAGAUUAAUACCCGUAUUUAUUUUAUGUAUAGUUGUCUGGCUGGCGUAUGUUGUACUUACAUUUAAGAAGUUCAGUGUUCUAAACUAUGGAAAUGUUGAUAUGACUGAAAGUGACCUCGUGAAUCUAAGAUGGAAGGACACUUGGGAUUUUAUACUUCAUAAAAAAUGAUGAGUUUAUUUUAAAUUCAGUUUAAUCUUCUUUCAAUGCUGCCAUUGUAUUUUCUCGUCGUAAAUUAAAGCAAGUAUUAAAGUAUUUGUAACUGUUCUUAGUGUUAGAUAAUGUAUCUCUAAGGAAGAACUAAAACGAUAGAUACCUGUCACACCACAGCACAUCACCUUGAAUACUCAUUUGAAUCUCAAAUAAAUGGAACUGAUUUUUUGUAGUAAUAAUACCUAGUUAUAAAAGUACAGUAUGAAUGGUGUUAUGUAUGUUAAAAUGGUUUAUAAGUACUAUGAAUCCGUCCAAUUUAUCCAUCCAAUUUAAACGAAAUAUAUUUUUUAUAUAAAUAAAAG